AUGCGUCUCGCCAAACUCUCGUUUCUUCUCCACGCUCUGCUUCUGACCGCUGUUGCGGCUCAGAACCAGAAGCGGGACUCCAGCAACCUGGUCUCUGACAUCGUGAACAACGACUCUGCCACUGCCUCCGAGGCUCCCGCUACUACCACUUCUGCCGAAGCCACCACCACUUCGGACACACCAACCACGUCAGAAACCUCGACCACCUCAUCUUCUACCUCUACCUCUUCCACCACCAGUGAAGAGCCCACCACCUCCUCCACCUCAACCACAUCGGAAGCCGCCCAGACCACCGCUGCAGAGCCCUCCCAAACCACCUCCGACGAGCAAACCAAGACUACUUCCACCUCGAGCUCUGAAGACCAGAAGAAGACAACCUCGGCCUCGACUACCUCGACCACUCAAACUCCUGUCGUGGAAACGAUCACCUCAUAUGAGACCGUCAGCGGAAGCACCGUGGCCAAUGUGAUGACCACCACAUCUACCCCAGCUGCUGCCACCGGCACUGCCGGCCUGAACGCAGAUAGCUCAUCCUCUUCUGGCAGCAGCAGUGGCCUGUCUUCGUCUGAUAAGAAGAUCAUCAUUGGUGUCGUCGUGGGUGUCGGAGGUGCCAUCGUGCUGGGUGUCCUGGGUAUUGUCAUCUGGCGCAUCCAGAAGAAGCGCAAUGAGGCAUAUGGCGAUGAGGAUACUGAUCUGAUGGGUGGCACUGCCGUUGGCUCUGGGCCCCGUGAAAAGGCCUCCAGCCCGUCGGGCGGUACCCCCUUCAAGAGUACACUGGACCAGUAUCACAACCCUGGUCCCGUCAACGCUGCAUCGAACUUCUAA